AUGGUGCGGAAGUUGGAGAGUAUUUUGAAUAUCCCAGAUUCAUUUUUAAAGCAGCACCCAUUUCCUGGGCCUGGUCUUGCUGUAUGUGUUGUAGGUGAUGUUAUAGAAGGCAAUGCUCUGGAGGUUCUUCGUCAGGUGGACGAGAUAUUUGUUCAAACUAUUAAAAAUGCAGGCCUCUAUGAUGAAAUUUGGCAAGCUUUUGCUGUGUUCUUGCCCAUUCAAACAGUUGGGAUUCAGGGUGACCAGAGAACUCACUCCAACCCUGUUGCUCUAAGGGCAAUCACCAGUGAGGAUGGCAUGACUGCAGAUUGGAAUGAGAUUGUCAAGCUGCACUUAGCUUCCAUGGAUAUCAAUUCACGUGUUUCCCAUAUGUUGGCUUCAAUACCAUCAGAAGCACUUCAAUCAUUUUGGACUGAUGUGUAUCGGAAAUCUGGUGUGUGA